CAACCGUUCCCGCCUCGGUGGGGCGACGUUAUAACUGCUGCGUGAGGAAACAAGGCUCACAGGUCCUUUAACAAUGGUUUGCUGACGCGGUGGGAGACAAACGUCUCUCCGCCUCUCCUUUCCCUCAGAGACGCAAAAGGCGGGAAUAAAAGAGCCGUUAAACGAAGAAACGCUCGAGCUCCACCGGCCUCGCUAAGCCCCGCCGCUCACGAACCCCCCCCCCCAAGAAAACGAGGGAAGCGUCUGCCCAGAAGAGCAUGCGCACAAGGGAAGUAGUAGCCGCCGGGCGGAAGAGCGGGCGCAGGCGCAAACGCAAGAGUGGCGCGUAGUUGAAUGCUAGCGGAGAUAAUAUCUCCAAACUAUGUCUCACAAUAGGCGGAGUAGCAAAGGAGCUGGCCCUUCUCAAGAACAGCCCAUGGAUGUAGAUGAAGAAUACACAUUGACUCAAACACAGACACCCAGCCAGGUGCAACACGACCUGGAGCGGCGGCCCCAGAAUGAAGUGGAACAAAAAGUGAAUGAGUUGGUGCAGUUUCUACUGGUCAAAGACCAGAAGAAGAUCCCUAUUAAGAGAGCAGAUAUUCUAAAGCAUGUAAUCAAAGACUACAAAGAUGUAUUUCCUGAAAUCCUCAAACAUGCCAACAAGGCUCUUCAGCAGGUAUUUGGACUAGAAGUGGUCGAAAUUGACCCAAAGCUUCACACGUACAUCCUGAUCAGUAAAUUGCUGCCCUUGGAAGGAGAGAUUAUGAAUGAGGAUGAAAACACCCCUAAGAUGGGCCUUCUUAUAAUCAUUCUUAGCCUUAUCUUCAUGAGGGGCAGUGUGAUCAAAGAAUCCGCUGUUUGGGAGAUGCUGAGAAGACUGCGAAUUGAAUCCUCUGGGGAGAAGCACAAGAUCUUUGGUGAUGUAAAGAAAUUAGUGACAGAAGAAUUUGUUAGGCAAAAAUACUUGGAAUAUACUCGUCUCCCCCACACAGACCCACCAGAGUUUGAAUUCAGAUGGGGACCACGGGCUAUGAAAGAGACUUCCAAGAAGCAGAUCCUCCAGUUUGUAUCUAAGAUACAGAACAAGAACCCUAAAACUUGGAUGAGCCAGUUCAAUGAAGCUGAAGCAGAGGCCAGGGAGGCGGGCAGAACCUAGCCGUCAUGAUGUUGGACACACAGGAGCUAUCAACCCAAGUCCUCUUCAGUCCUAAGAACUACAGGGUCUAACUACAACCCUCCUGGGCCACAUAUGGCUGCUGCGGGAGAGGUGCCUUGAGUUACAUUUGGUAGGAGCUGUGCACCACCACGUAUGGUACAUUUUCCUAACCUUCUGUCUCUUCCUAUGAACGAAACUUUGACCUGCCAUGUAGUUUACUGUAGUCAUGUUUUUUUCUGGAUGCUUUGAAACUGAUGUGGAGAAGACACAAAAUUGUUAGGUAUUUAACUGUUUCUGCAGUACAGAUGAUACGUGUUGACAAAAAAAGUGCAAUUAAAACAAUAUAAAGUAAUUAUGCUUAGAAACAA